AUGACCAAAGGAACUCUUAAAGCUGUCGUUGUUGAAGCCAAAAAGUUGAGCGAUUUAGACUUAAUUGGUAAAAGUGACCCCUAUGUUAAACUUGUCCUCGAUGAAAAUAAAUCUCAAGCGACUACAAUCAAGAAAGACGAUUUGAACCCAAAAUAUAAUGAAGAAUUUACAUUCAACACUGAUGGACAAAAAGAGCUUAAAGUUGAAGUUUGGGAUAGAAAUACUAUCGGAAGUGAUGAAUUAAUCGGUUCAGAAGUUAUUCCACUUAAUACUGUUUAUACUAAAGGUUAUCACGAUACUUGGAUCAAAAUAAAGGCCAAAAAAAGUGACAAGAGAAGCCAUGGAGAGGUUCAUGUCAUCCUUGAAUAUGCUGUUUAA